UCUAGUUUCUUUUGUGUUUAUUGUGAAUUGGGGCAGAAGUUUGUGUUGUGAUUUUUAUUUUAAAUAUGGCUUCAUCAACUGAGCCUCUGUUCGACAUGGCUUUACACAAAAUGAUAUGUAGCAAAGGCGAUUAUUCGUCAAUGUACGAUAUUUCUCAUGUAAAUGGGCAAUUUAUUGCCACGUUUAAACAUAUUUCGCGCCCUCGUCGUGGGACAGAGAUAUACAUAAGGAAUAUUCCCGUUGACCUACUUCUUCAAGAUAUACUAGAGUUUGCCAUAAAAGCCGGGAAUAUUUACCAAAUCAGAAUUCUUAUCGAAUUCAGUGGCUAUAACAGGGGAUAUUGUUUCGUCAGUUAUUUCGACGUUAGAUCUGCAAGAAAGGCUGUGGUACUACUUGACGGCGAAAAAAUAAAUGGAUCUCCAAUUGGCGUCACAUACUCACUCGACAACCAUCGCUUAGAGCUGUUGAAUGUACCAAAAGAAAUUAAUUCCGAAGAAGUUUUACAAGAGGUAUCUAAAAUUAUUGGAAAUGGGUUGCAAUCAGUACAACUAAUGAGACAAACGGAAGAAGAAAAUGCUGAAACCGACAAAUAUUUGUUGAAAUACGAAAGCCAUAAAAAAGCAGUUGAAGCUAGAAAGAAGGUUUAUCCAACUUUUCAAAUUUUUGGAAAAGACAUACAAAUUGAAUGGAACAUUCCUGUAGAAAAUAAGAGUAAACGCCUAUAUUUUGCAAAUGCUCAACCUGGAGUAAGAAAAUCAGAGCUAUAUGAGGAGAUUGUGCGGUAUGUCGAUCCCGAGAAUAUUUUGAACAUGUUUAUGAGGAAAGGCUAUGGAUACAUCUUAUUUAUAAAUGAAAAAAAGGCAUUUGAAUCUCUCGUAAUAUUGCGGACUAAGAAAUUAUGUGGAACUCAGUUGAAAUUUUCCUUCUUGGAAUUCCGUAACACUUAUCAAAGGGAAAAUGAUUUCUCAAGCAGAGUUGAGGAUGAUGAAAACGGAAACGAGAAAACAGUAACAUACAUUGAAGAUGGAGCUGCUGCUCAACAACAAUCUGCUUCAGGAGAUGAACGGACAUUGCAAACUUAUCCGACUUCCUAUUGGGAACAAGUAAUGGUAUCAGUGCCACAACCUGCAAUUCUGUCUACCCCUUCCAGCCAACAAGCAUCUUGUGCCGGUUCAAUUAAUGGCAUGAAUACAUUUUACUCGACAUAUCAACCACCAGCUCAUUAUACGCCUGCGCCAUUUCAAAAUUCAGGAUAUACUGGAUCCUUAUUGGAAGUCAAUCCUGUGGCCGCUCUGAUGCAAAAUCAAGGUUAUCCAACAGUUCAAGAUCCUAGGAUGUAUCAACAAACAAUCAGUCCAAUGCCCGCUUCAAUGCCAAAUCAAGGUUAUCCAACCGUUCAAGAUCCUAGGAUGUAUCAACAAACAACCAAUUCAAUGCCUGCUUUAAUAUCAAAUCCCAUGCAGAUGAAUACUAUUAUCCCACCUCCAGCCUCUCCUGUGCCUGCUUACACACCAAAUCCCAUGCAGAUGAAUACUUUGAUUUCCUCUCCAGCACAACAUAUUAUGUCUGCUCUAACACAAAAUCCCGUGCAGAUGAAUACUUUGAUUCCCUCUCCAGCACAUCAUGUGCCUGCUUUAACACCACAAAUACCGAGACAAAUCGAUAUUGAAAAUUCGUACUUAGUCAGUGGCAUACCAUAUUCUCAAAGGAAUGAUGAAGUUUUCCCAAGAUAUCUGAACACUAAUGAAACUUGUCAAUUCAUAAACCUCUCUCCAGCAACUCUGCCAUACAAUGUAGUUGUUCUCCAGGUUAACGGACAACACUAUUAGUAUAAUCAUCUCUUAUUGCAUAUAUUUUAAAUAAUUUUCAAAGUUAAAUAUUGUAUUCUUAGAGUUAUACUACAUUUUGAUAGUUAACUAGGCUUAUAUCUGUUUGUAUUAGUAAUUUGCACUUGUACUUGUAAAUUUUGAAAAAUGUUGUACUCAAAAUGUUGCAAUAAUUUUCAAAUAUUUAGAUUAAGUUUCGAGUUGAUAUUUAUAUUUAUCCAAUAGUUUGUAGAUUUUAAUUAUUAGUAUUUUAUUGACAGUUCUCAAUACAUACACCAUUGUGUUGUAUUUUGUAUGUCCACUUUGUUACUGUUUCAAUUGAUUUCAUUGAACAUAGCUUAUACUUUUAUAGGAUUCAAUAAUUUUAAUAGCAAUCUUGAAUUGAACAUUUUUGAUAACGUUUAUGUAAUUGUU